AUGACUGAUCAGGAGGUCACUUACACAACUGUGAGAUUUCAUAAGUCUUCAGGGUUGCAGAGGCCGGUGAGGCCUGAGGAGACUCAAAGGCCCAGAGAGCCUGGCCACAGAGAGUGUUCAGUCCCCUGGAAGCACAUUGUGAUAGUUCUCGGAAUCCUUUGUUUCCUUCUGCUGGUAACUGUGGCAGUGUUGGUGACACACAUUUUUCAGUAUGAACAAGAGAAACAUCAACAAGAGAAAACUCUAAAUAAUGUCUGUCAAGAGAACCAUGGCAUAAAAAAGAACAUCUCCUUAAAGGAAGACGUGUCAAGAAAUAAGUCUUUAAAGUGUGAUGCCAUCAAAAGUCAUCUGCAUUCUCUUAAAAGAGAACAGAACAAAUGCUAUAGAGAAACCAAGGUGGUUUUAGAUUGCUUAUGGCACACAGGCAAACUAGCAGAAAGACACUGGUUCUGUUGUGGCAUAAAAUGUUAUUAUUUCAUCACUGAGAAAAAAAAGUGGAAUGGAUGUGAACGAAUCUGUCAGGGUUGCAGCUUAUCUCUUCUGAAGAUAGAUAAUGAGGAUGAACUGAAGUUUCUUAAGUCCCAACUUUAUUCAAAAAGCUAUUGGAUUGGAUUGACACACAAUAAAAGCAAAGGGGUAUGGCACUGGAUUGGCAAUGGAUCUUCUGAACUUGACUUAUCAGUAUUGAAUUCAGUACAUCACAUAGGAAGCUGUCCAUUUAUAAGUUCCAUUUAUAUACAAGGUGAUGACUGUGCUAGAACCCGUGGCUGUAUAUGUGAAAAGAGACUGUGA